GUUGUCAGUGGCGAUUUGGAAUCAGGGGGUCUUUCCCAAGGAGAGUUCAGCAUGUGGACUGGACAGGAGCCAGGGAUCAAACCAACCCCUCUGUCAACCUGAGGCUGUCACACACAAAGUGUCCGAGGCCUGAACAGCUGACGAGGGUUCUGAAGUAAAGUGAGGGGGCGGGACUGAACCCUGCAGGAAGCUUGAAGGCAGAGCCUCAUUUCAAUGAAGUCACUGGUGUCUCUGCCUUUAUCUCCAUGUCCUGGUGAGUGAAAUUUGCUUCUGUCUUGCACAGCUAAGAGGAUCUGAGAGCAAAUCACCAUUGACACGUCACUGACCACAGCAGCAGCAGCAGCAGAGCAGGCAGACUGUGUUCUGUGGGGACCUGAACGAUUUUUUUAUUUCUUUUUAGAAGUUGUUCUUUUAAGACAAGGUGCACGCAAUUUUUUUUCUCUCUCUCUCUCUCUCUCUCUGAUUUUGACAAUGUCACUCAGGCGCAGUUCAAGUGCAAAUAAGUUUGAUGCUCUGGACUGGAAAUACGGGCGUUAAGGAAAAGUUGUUUCACUCGUCCUGAACUAUAAGUUCAACAGGGGGCAUGACAAUGAAUAACCAGUCGAUGACAGGGAGGACCAUGGUGCCGACCAUUCCGUCUAUCAUGUUCAUCUUCGGGGUGGUGGGCAACGUCAUCGCCAUCGUGGUGCUUUGCAAGUCUCGCAAAGAGCAGAAAGAGACCACGUUUUACACGCUGGUGUGCGGGCUGGCGGUCACGGACCUGCUGGGCACGAUGCUGGCCAGUCCGGUCACCAUCGCCAUCUACGUGAAAGGGUCGUGGCCCGGAGAAGACCCCCUGUGCCAGUACUUUGGAUUCACCAUGCUUUUCUUCUCGCUGGCGGGGCUCAGCAUCAUCUGUGCCAUGUCGGUGGAGAGGUACAUCGCUAUCAACCAUGCCUACUUCUACAAUGACUAUGUGGACCAGAAGCUGGGGGGUUUGACUCUGCUGGCGAUCUACAUCUCCAACGCGCUCUUCUGCGCCCUGCCGAUCAUGGGCUUCGGCCAGGUGAAGAAACAAUACCCGCAGACCUGGUGCUUUUUGGAGUGGAGGAGCAACAAGACCAGCGACGCAGCCUACUCCUACAUGUACGCGGGUUCCAGCUCGCUUCUCAUCCUGGUCACUGUUAUUUGUAACGUGCUGGUGUGUGUCGCUUUGAUCCGGAUGCAUCGGCGCUUCGUGCGCAGGAUGUCCCUGGGAACCGACGUGGGACGCAACGUGGACCCGCGGAGGAGAGGACGCAGCUUCGGGCGCCUGGCCGGUGCAGAGAUUCAGAUGGUUAUCUUGCUCAUAGGCACGUCGGCAGUGGUGCUCAUCUGCUCCAUCCCACUUGUCGCUCAGGUGUUUUUGAAUCAGCUCUAUAAGACUCCAGUCGAGCCGAAGUUGGAGAAAAACCCCGAUCUAAGAGCGAUACGCUUCGCCUCCUUUAACCCUAUUCUGGACCCCUGGAUCUACAUUCUGCUGCGCAAGGCCGUUCUGCUGAAGCUCAUCGAGAAGAUCAAGUGUCUGUUUUGUAAAAUGGGAGUAGGGAGGCAACAGGGGCAGGGGAACUUCCACUGUAUUGACGCUCAUCAGCUUUCCUCAGUCAUCUCCAACCGGGACUCUAUGCGAGAUGUCACCAGCACCUCCCAGACCUUCCUCUACUUGCCCGAGGGAAGUGAGGUGUACACUGGAAGCUGUCAUAAAGCAGACGGACUCUCUGGUUCACGACCUUCAUCGGUCAGAAACUCACAAGCUUCACUGUCGUCUAGGCAGGGAAGCGUUGAAGCUCAAGCCAGAGAAGGGACUGAUGUAAUCAGGGACCUUUCAUCCUUGCCGUGCCCAAAAGAUCCAGCCAUUCAGAUGUCACUGAACGCAGAGACAAUGGAGGAGAAAUGCAUCUGAACUAACUGAAUCAGGAGAAAGUUCUCAGAUCGUAGAUCACCUACUGAAUUACUUCUCCGUAAGUGAAGGUUGGAAACCCUGAAAAAUGGGGUAUAGGCUCAUAAAAAAUCCUAAAUGACGCAUGAAGUUGAACACCUGGUGAAAAAAGAAGCAGGGAAACUUUAAGUGCUUUUAGCUUCAUCGUCUUGCGUUCUUCGUUCCAGCACCCAGCUACCUCAGAGAUGGCCACCUGUGACUGUGUGAGCUGACAGAGACGACCCACUUCUCCGUCUCUCAAGUAUCAGUGGAGGAAAAGCUAUCGUUCCUAAUUCCAGCUACUUUGUUCAAUCGUUGUGGAAACCAUUACAGUAGAGUAGAUGAGGCCGGUAAUUUAGAAUAAUUGAGUCACAAGUUUGUGGUCUUUAUGGUAAAUGAAAACAGUACUGAAUGUGAUCCUUAUGAGUAAUCACUGGCAUAUGUGUUACCAUUGUAAGGCUCGGCUUGUUUAGCAAACUCUAUUGUACAGUGCUUUUUGAAGGAGGUAUCGUAUUAGUUUCAUGACUAAUGUACAGUGCAGUAUUAUUAUGUGGUGACCACCAAUGUUUUUGUUACUCAGCCCUGGAAUACACACAAAUAUGUCAUCUCGAAUUAAGAAAACUUUGUUUUCCAUCUUACAGUACAGUACAGUAGUAUAAAGAUUCCUGUCCUGUAGUUAUUAACACCAAACCAUUUAAAUAUGACUGGGAAAUGUUGAGCAAUUUUUCCGCAGCUACAGAAAAUGUGGUGUAAUAUCAGUGGACAUGUCGCUUGGUGUGUAGAGUAUUAUGAUGAACAUAUUUCAGCGCAGCUGUCAGCUUGAGAAAAGCGAUGUUCUAAAAUGAUGGAUGUUGUGUAAAAUAUUGUUUGUAAUAAACUUAUUCUUCUCUAGGAGAAGGUUCUGGUUAAUAAA